GGUGGAGAGAAAGAAAUCAAUCCUAGAAUCCUAGCUGGAAAGAGUUCUCAGAGAUGAGCUCUCCGUAGUGCUUUGGCUAUGAAGAACCAAGGACAACUGAAUUGUUGGUUUGUGAUGGAGAAGAUAAAGAGAGAAGUACCAGCACUAUGUCUCUCAUCUUGUUGCUUAGCUCACUGCAGACAUGUAUCACAAAUCUUUCCUGUGCUGUAUUAGGAACCAAAAAACUUACUUGACAUUACUAGAUCCACCUGCAUCAUCUUUUUGCAUCCUAUAACCUCCUGGUGAAAAGAGGAACAAUGACUUUAUAUAGCUGCUGCUUGAUUCUUUUGGUAUUUGCAUGGAACACUGCUGCCUAUGGACCAAACCAGCGGGCACAGAAAAAGGGAGACAUUAUUCUUGGAGGAUUGUUCCCCAUUCAUUUUGGAGUGGCUGCUAAAGACCAGGAUCUAAAAUCAAGACCAGAAUCAGUGGAGUGUAUAAGGUAUAAUUUCCGAGGCUUCCGCUGGCUACAGGCUAUGAUCUUUGCCAUAGAAGAAAUAAACAGUAGUCCAACUCUCCUUCCCAACAUGACCUUGGGAUACAGGAUAUUUGACACUUGCAAUACAGUCUCUAAAGCCCUAGAGGCAACCCUGAGUUUUGUGGCUCAGAACAAGAUAGACUCUUUGAAUCUGGACGAAUUCUGCAACUGCUCCGAACAUAUACCUUCCACCAUUGCAGUCGUGGGCGCAACUGGCUCUGGGAUCUCAACUGCUGUGGCUAAUCUGCUAGGACUCUUCUACAUACCUCAGGUCAGCUAUGCCUCAUCCAGUCGUCUUUUGAGCAACAAGAACCAGUUCAAGUCCUUCCUCCGCACAAUCCCCAAUGAUGAGCAUCAGGCAACUGCAAUGGCAGAUAUCAUUGAAUACUUUCGCUGGAACUGGGUUGGAACGAUCGCAGCUGAUGAUGACUAUGGCCGGCCAGGGAUUGAAAAGUUUCGUGAGGAGGCAGAGGAGAGAGACAUCUGCAUUGAUUUCAGUGAGCUCAUCUCUCAGUAUUCAGAUGAAGAAGAGAUCCAGCAGGUAGUGGAGGUCAUCCAGAAUUCCACUGCAAGAGUGAUUGUUGUCUUUUCCAGUGGCCCAGACUUGGAACCCCUCAUCAAAGAGAUAGUCAGGAGAAACAUCACUGGCAAGAUCUGGCUAGCAAGCGAGGCUUGGGCCAGUUCAUCUUUGAUAGCCAUGCCAGAAUUUUUCCAUGUCAUCGGUAGCACCAUUGGGUUUGCAUUGAAAGCAGGACAGAUUCCAGGUUUUCGUGAGUUUCUGCAGAAGGUACAUCCCAAGAAGUCUACCAACAAUGGCUUUGCCAAGGAGUUUUGGGAGGAGACAUUUAACUGUUAUCUCCCUGAUGGGUCCAAAAAUUCACCAGGCUCAGGUUCCUUCCACAAGGGCCAUGAAGAAAGCAUGGGAACUGGAAAUGGUACAUCUGCCUUCCGUCCUCCAUGUACAGGGGAUGAGAACAUCACCAGUGUGGAGACACCGUACAUGGACUACACACACUUGCGGAUAUCUUACAACGUGUACUUGGCAGUAUAUUCUAUUGCCCAUGCUUUGCAGGAUAUAUACACCUGUACCCCUGGGAAAGGACUCUUCACUAAUGGAUCAUGUGCAGAUAUUAAGAAGGUCGAGGCAUGGCAGGUUCUGAAGCAUCUGCGUCACUUAAAUUUCACCAAUAACAUGGGGGAACAGGUGGAUUUUGAUGAAUUUGGAGACCUGGUAGGGAAUUACUCAAUAAUCAACUGGCAUCUCUCUUCAGAGGAUGGCUCAGUCGUCUUUGAGGAGGUUGGGCACUACAAUGUUUAUGCUAAGAAAGGGGAGAGGCUCUUUAUCAAUGAAAACAAAAUCCUGUGGAGUGGCUUCUCUAAGGAGGUGCCUUUCUCUAACUGCAGCAGGGACUGUCUCCCAGGCACCAGGAAGGGCAUUAUUGAGGGAGAGCCCACCUGCUGCUUCGAGUGCGUGGACUGUCCUGAUGGGGAGUACAGCGAUGAAACAGAUGCUAGUGCUUGUGACAAAUGCCCCGAGGACUACUGGUCCAAUGAGAACCACACAUCUUGUAUCCCCAAGCAAAUAGAGUUCCUUUCCUGGACAGAACCUUUUGGGAUUGCUCUGACUCUCUUUGCUGUGCUGGGAAUUUUCCUGACUUCUUUUGUCCUGGGAGUUUUCACCAAAUUUCGCAAUACUCCCAUUGUCAAGGCCACAAAUCGUGAGCUGUCCUAUCUCCUGCUCUUCUCCUUGCUCUGCUGCUUCUCCAGCUCAUUGUUCUUCAUUGGUGAACCCGAGGACUGGAAUUGCCGUCUGCGACAGCCAGCCUUCGGCAUCAGUUUUGUCCUCUGCAUCUCCUGCAUCCUGGUAAAAACCAACCGUGUCCUACUCGUCUUUGAGGCAAAGAUUCCCACCAGCCUGCACCGCAAGUGGUGGGGGCUCAACCUCCAGUUCCUCCUGGUCUUCUUGUGCACAUUUGUGCAGAUUGUCAUCUGUGUGAUUUGGCUGUACACGGCGCCCCCAUCUAGCUACCGCAACCAUGAGCUGGAGGAUGAGAUCAUCUUCAUCACCUGCCAUGAGGGCUCCCUGAUGGCGCUUGGCUUCCUCAUUGGCUACACCUGCCUCCUGGCAGCCAUCUGCUUUUUCUUUGCAUUCAAGUCCCGAAAGCUGCCUGAGAACUUCAAUGAGGCCAAGUUCAUCACCUUCAGCAUGCUGAUCUUCUUCAUUGUUUGGAUCUCCUUCAUCCCUGCUUAUGCCAGCACAUACGGCAAAUUUGUCUCUGCUGUGGAAGUGAUCGCGAUACUGGCUGCCAGCUUUGGGCUUCUAGCCUGCAUUUUUUUCAAUAAAGUCUACAUCAUCCUCUUCAAGCCCUCCCGCAACACAAUCGAGGAGGUGCGCUGCAGUACAGCCGCCCAUGCUUUCAAGGUGGCUGCCAGAGCCACCCUGAGACGAAGCAACGUGUCACGCAAGCGCUCCAACAGCCUUGGGGGCUCUACCGGCUCCACCCCUUCCUCCUCCAUCAGCAGCAAGAGCAACCAUGAAGACCCUUUCCCUCUGCCAGCCUCUGCAGAGCGGCAGCGGCAGCAGCAGCGCGGGUGCAAGCAAAAGGUCAGCUUCGGGAGCGGCACAGUCACCCUGUCUCUGAGCUUCGAGGAGCCGCAGAAGAAUGCCGUGGCCAACAGGAGCACCAAGCGCAGGAACUCCCUGGAAGCGCAGAACAGCGACGACAGCCUGAUGCGGCACCGGGCCCUCCUCCCCCUGCAGAACAGCGAUCCCCUCAGUGCAGAGCCCAGCUUUCUGCCAGCUUCCAGCCCAGAGUCCAGCUCACAAGAGUCAGUGGCAGGAGACACAAGAGAAGAGGCCCCAGGCCCUGAGGAGGAGCCUUCUCAGCCAUCUGCUAACUCUCGAAAUUUCAUAGGCACUGGAGGCAGCUCUGUCACAGAGAACACAGUACAUUCCUAACAAAAGACGACCAUGAAAACCACAUUAGUCCCCAAGAGGAACUUGCUCACCUCUUACUUCUGAUUGGGAAAGACAACAAAGAUGCAUAUCUGUGACACAGCCCCGCCACAGUCUAUGUUAGCGCCGGUACGGUAACGCUCGCAUCUCCAGAGGAAGGACUGUCCAAAGCCUGUGUCUGGGGACACCUGAACUGAAAUUGCAUUUGCUUUAUUGAAAUCAGGACAUCUUGAAGGGACAAGUGAAGAUGGCCUCUGGUGGGGUUUAAGCAGAACUCUUUAUGCUGCCUUGCCUCUGCAAUCUUUUCCUGCCAGACUGCAAACUCAGCUGACUAUGGGAGGCAAUUAGGCAAUUCCACUAUACUCUGCUUUUACACUUAUGUACAAUAUUCCUCUUUCCCACUAUGUAUAAUAGUCCCUCUUUAUUCAGUAUAUGUGAUCUGUAACCAGGUUCUUCAGGACUCUCCCUUCUACAAAAGCAAGAUACACAGUUUCACUUGGGGAACACACGGUCAUGGGGAAAAUAAAAAAGGCCCAACAUCCUACAUGCUGUGUACAGCCAAGGCUGUGAACAUGUAAAGUAUUUAAAGUGUCAGAGCACCCUGCUAUUUAUAUUUAGUAAUGUCCCAAUCUCUCCUUUCUGCUCACAAGUGGGAGCAGCAGGUACUACUAGACAAUGCUCUUCUAGGCUCUGUUACAUUAGACCAAGCUACUAGGUUCCUGCUGGUUUCUCCCAGCUGAGGUGACUUCACCUCAGGCCUGACUGCAUUGAUGGAGGGGGAGAACAGCUUGUCUUAUCUCCCAGGAGAAGGUUGUGAGAGCACUGAGAUGUAUCUGUGAUUGAUUAUGUCACUAGUAGUUGUACGCAUAAUGACGUGUUGCUGUUGUAAUAUUCCACGUGGCAUACAUGGCUAAACC